AUGACUUCUGAGCCAGAGAUUAUUCUAUACGACUUGGCGUGUAUCAAGAAUGUUUGCUUCUCACCCGUUGUUUGGCGUAUCCGUCUGCUGCUCAAUUACAAGAACGUCUCUUACAAGACUGUCUUCCUCGAAUUCCAAGAUAUUGAACCCACUCUCAAAGAUUUCGGUUUGGCACCUAAUGAAACAGGAACCAAAUACACCGUCCCUGUCAUCCAGUAUGUGCCGACUGGAGCUUACAUGAUGGACUCAAAGCCCAUCUCCGAAUUCAUUGAGAAAACGUACCCGAGCCCAGCAGUACCGCUGACUUCGGAUCUGGGCCGCGAGAUUGAGGCAAAGACACGCCAGGGACUGGCAUUGACGUUUCGCCGGUCGCUGAUGCCUCGCGAAAUCAAUAUCCUGUCGCCGGGCGCGCAACAGUUCUUCCGGCGCACGCGCGAGGCAGCCAUAGGUCAUCGCCUCGAGGAUCUGCUCGAGGGAGACAAGGAGGAGCAGGCUUGGGCAGAGGUGGCAGAGACCAUGCGCUCGGCUGGAGAGCUGAUUCGCACAAAUAGCGCCGAGGGCCCGUUUGUGCUCGGUGCUCAUCCAAGCUACACGGACUUUUUCAUCGCGGGGUCAUUGCAGUGUGCGCGGGUGAUUGACGAAGAGGUGUUCCAAAAGUAUUUACGAGGUCCUGGCUUCAAGGAAGCCUACGAUGCCUGCCUGCCUUACAUGGAAAAAAGGACCUAA